GCCCCGGGCUCUCGGGCCAGCCUCCGGUCACGUGAUCGCUGCGCAGGUGAGCGCCGCUUCCGGGGUCGGGCGUCCGGAGGAUCGCGGCUAGCUCGUUCUUCUACUCGGUCGGGUGCGCGGAAGACUAUGGCGUCCUCCUCGGCCCCUCCGGCCACCGUACCGGCGGCGACAGCGGGCCCCGGCCCAGGUUUCGGCUUCGCCUCCAAGACCAAGAAGAAGCAUUUCGUGCAGCAGAAGGUGAAGGUGUUCCGGGCAGCCGACCCGUUGGUGGGCGUGUUCCUGUGGGGCGUAGCCCACUCGAUCAAUGAGCUCAGCCAGGUGCCUCCCCCAGUGAUGCUGCUUCCAGAUGACUUUAAGGCCAGCUCCAAGAUCAAGGUCAACAAUCAUCUUUUCCACAGGGAAAAUCUGCCCAGUCAUUUCAAGUUUAAGGAGUAUUGUCCGCAGGUCUUCAGGAACCUCCGUGAUCGAUUUAGCAUUGAUGACCAGGAUUAUUUGGUGUCCCUGACCCGGAGUCCCCCAAGUCAAAGCGAAGGCAGUGAUGGUCGAUUCCUUAUCUCCUAUGAUCGGACUCUGGUCAUUAAAGAAGUGUCCAGUGAGGACAUUGCUGACAUGCAUAGCAAUCUCUCCAACUACCAUCAGUACAUUGUGAAGUGCCAUGGCAACACAUUACUGCCUCAGUUUCUAGGGAUGUACCGUGUCAGUGUGGACAAUGAAGAUUGCUACAUGCUUGUUAUGCGCAAUAUGUUUAGCCACCGGCUUCCUGUGCACAGGAAGUAUGACCUCAAGGGUUCUCUAGUGUCCCGAGAAGCCAGCGAUAAGGAAAAGGUUAAAGAAUUGCCCACUCUUAAGGAUAUGGACUUUCUCAACAAGAACCAGAAAGUUUAUAUUGGUGAAGAAGAAAAGAAGGUGUUUCUAGAGAAGCUAAAAAGAGAUGUGGAGUUUCUAGUACAGCUGAAGAUCAUGGACUACAGCCUGCUGUUGGGCAUCCACGACAUCAUCCGGGGCUCUGAACCAGAGGAGGAGGGACCUACCCGGGAGGAGGAGGCAGAAGGGGAGGGGGACUGUGGUCUAACCGGACCUCCUGCGCUGGUGGGCUCCUAUGGCACCUCCCCUGAAGGCAUCGGUGGCUACAUCCAUUCCCAUCGACCUUUGGGUCCUGGAGAGUUUGAAUCUUUCAUUGAUGUCUAUGCCAUCCGGAGUGCUGAAGGGGCCCCCCAGAAGGAGGUGUAUUUCAUGGGUCUCAUUGACAUCCUGACACAGUAUGAUGCCAAGAAGAAAGCAGCUCAUGCAGCCAAAACUGUCAAGCAUGGUGCCGGGGCAGAGAUCUCCACUGUCCAUCCUGAACAGUAUGCUAAGCGGUUCCUGGAUUUUAUUACCAACAUCUUUGCCUAAAAGACUCCCUGACUC